AAUUAUGUGUGUGUGUGUGCGCGCGCGCGCGUUUGCGUGUGUGUGCAAGACUUUAAUAAAGCAUAGUAUUUCUCGAUGAUCACAGUAAUAUGUAAUGUCUGUUAUGUCUGUCAAUGUAGUCUGUGGUCGCUACAGCAGCCUUUUAUUGGUGUUAAGACCAAUAAUAUCAGCUAUCUGUAUAUUCGUCCCUCCUUAAUUAUAUGUCUGUAUAUGUACCCAUAUAAACACCUAAGACGUACGUCGUUCGAGGUGCAAUAAGUACACACGGCUUAGAUAAACCUGUCAGACAGCCAAUGAAAGGCGGGUCAGGUCAAGCAUGCAGAAGCUGCACAGGCAAAAAGGAAGUGAGGCGCACCCUCUGACCAGAUUUUCAGAAACCGCAAAUAGCCGACAAGUCAACCCACCGCCUUGACCUCAUUAACUAUCUGCUCAUCCAUUCAAAAGAAAAGAAGAAAGAAGAGAAGACGUGAGAGAGGGAGCUAUAAACCUGACUGUUGCGCGCCGACUGAUCUCAGUAUAUAGAGAGGAAGCUGCACAUUGUACAGUGUUUGCACAAGGUAUAUAUAUAGAGUACAACUUUUCUGAGGAACGCCUGGAACAUAUAACAGCUCAUUUUGAGGAGGAUGGAAUAGACACCAGGACGUGACUAUAGUAAGACUUUUGUAUAGCUACAACCCGGACACGCUGGCUCGAUGGAUUACUUUGCGUGUGUGAAUGAAUCGGCCAUAGCCGCUGAAGGUGUCUGUAACACGCAUUCUUUCUCUCUAGGUAAGGUCUACCGCAAAUCGUGUUUCCAGUGAAGAAAUCCGCUUCGGUCGUUACUUCACUAGCCUCGAUCUGUUUCUGCGUCAGUCUACAACUGUUUGAUACGCUAGAUAGUCUAUGAAUGUAGGUUUGCGGAUAACUGUGGACAGACUCACACACGUAAAGCAUAUUAUUUGUUGAUCUCAUGUAUCAACCUUGAACUAUAGAUGUCGCUAUACGUAUAGAGACGGCUGCGCCCCAUCUACUCUAUCAAGGGGACACACUGGUGUCAAGCGCAAAAGAUCAAGCCCUCCAGAUACCACCUCCAAGAAAGAACUUGCUGCCACUGUUGACGAACUGACUUGUUGUUGAAACAUGGAAGCUGUCUACUUGUGUGAGCAGAGCAGGAAGGAGACACUCAGACUACUCCAUGUCAACAAAUCUACCCUUUUACCUGGUGAACCUCCCUUCACCCCGACAGAACAACCGGCCUGCAUCGUCACUGCGCAGAUUUAAUAGUGUUAGCUCCUGGUUCAAAAGCCUGCUGCUGUACACAUGGGCGACGCAGCUACCUGCUGCACGGUAGAGACUCCGUGUCGGCUGCAGCUGUUCUAUUCGGACAGCAUCCCCCACGCCGUGGCGGCGCUCUUGCCCUGCCAGCCGCUCUGCAAGCCUGUGAGCGCACGUGUGACGCUGGGGCGCAGCAGCACCGCUGAUGUCCGUCUUAACGACGAGCGCAUGUCGCGUCUGUACGCCGCGCUGUGGCACGACGGUCUUGACCCUUUCGUCUUCCGGGUCAGCAACCUCAGCGAGCGCAAGCCCCUCGUCGUGGACCAGGCGGUGCUACGUCACGGCGAAGAGGCCGAGGUCAGGGAUGGAAGCGUCAUCACCAUGGAUUUUCUGCAGCUGAGAGCCACGGUGUUGGCGGGGGAUUUUACGGCUCCUUUCUACCAGGUCGCUUUUGUGAAAAACGCUUUGCUGACACCUCCUCCGCAUAUGCCCCUCAUCCUCCCUGGAGAAGGAAAGUGCUUGAUGACAGCACGCAAAAACCUCCGGAGUUUCAGCUUCGGCUCGUCUUUCCCGCUUCCAGAGUUUGGGGACUCCAAAGCAUUAUCAGCUAGCCAAGCUAGGGAAGUCACAGCAGGCUUCCUUGCUUGUCUGAAGUAUGGCUGUAGCUCGCCAGCAAAAUCAGCCCAGGAGCAAAGUCGCUCUUUCGAGCCUGAAGCUCCCAUGAUGCCUGGGGAGUUAGGAAUAGAGUUUGAGCUGGCCGAGAAUGUGCAUCCCAGCCGAGACGAAUCCGGGCUGCAACCUUUGACCCCAUGCAGUGUCACUGAAAGUGAAGUCCCUGAAAGAAAUUUACUUUUUUUACAGCCGCCGUUGCCUUAUUCGGCGACGCCUGUGCAGCUUCCCCUGAACAUACUCCCACCAUCUGACCAGGCGAAUGACCGCCACCAGCAACCAGAACCAAAUACUUUUUUAAACUCCUGUUCCGGUCCAUCCGCGAAACUUGACGUCAACCUGCCAGCAGAAGAACUAGCUGCUGCUGCCAGGAAAGUUGAUUUAAACGAAAUUCCUCCUCUGGCUGAAAUCGCUAGCAGGAUUUUUUCGUCUAGAACGACUAACAAGAAUGUUGCAGGCUCCAUUAAUCAGUGUCCAUGCAUGUGUGAGGCCUCGAAGGCCUGUGCCACCUUGACCUUGCCUAAAGUCGAAGAACGACUCGAAGAAGGAAGUGCUCUGAGAACUUUGCCCGAUAUGAUAAGGACUCGCCCAAAGUCACCUGUGGAGAAUGCUGAAUGGGACACAGAUGACCCAAAUAUCAACUGUUAUAUGUGAGAUUUUGUGAUUCCUGUUCAAGAACUGGCAAUCGUCAGAAUACUGGGAAAAGUCUUGCUGAUUAAAGUGUACCUGGAAAAAAGAAGUGUCACAAAGAUAUUAUUACGAUGAUUGAUUAUACAGGUGAACGGUGACAGGCAGACAAUGUUUGAUGUUCAAACUGAGGGACUCCGGCAUAAACGAUUCUCUCCCCAGUUGUGACUUUUUUCUUUGUCAGCGUGUGCUCUUCUCGCUCUGUCUUGUCUUGUCUGUCCUUUUUGGUUUUUUUAGAUCAUUGGAACAGAAAUAAGCCAUUCAAAAGAUUUGUAGAAGCAAGAAAGUGACUAUCGGUUUAAGAACGUAUAACUUCUUUUGUGUUUUAUUCUAAUUAUUUCAACAUAAAUAAAAAAAUCGUUUUGUA